AUGUCAUUAUCUGAAGAAGCAAAUAAAUUUUCUCGUGAUAAAGUUCAAUGGUUACUUGAAAAUCAAUGUCGAAUACCAGUUCGUUCGACAACACCAAUUAGUUAUUAUUAUAAAACAGCAGAUAAUUUAAUUGAACAAGCUGAUCAUUAUUUUACAACAAAUCAAUUCGAACAAAGUUUUAUUCUUUAUUCAAGAUAUAUAACAUUAUUUGUCGAAGAACUUAAACAACAUCAUCGAGAUUAUCCUAAUGUAUCAAUAAAUGAUCGAGAACGUGUUAAAGAUAUUAUUCGUACAAAAGCUCUUCCACGUGCAGAAGAAUUAAAAGAUAAAUUAAAAGAAAAAUAUAUUAGAGAAUAUGAAGAAAAACAGAAAACAAUAGAUGAAGAUGAAGAAGAUAAUUUGAAAAUAACGGCUACAACAUUAAGUUGUGCACCAAUAAAUAUUCAACAUAAAAACAAAUUAACAUCUCAACAGCUAACAGAUAAUUAUGUACAAUUACCAUUAACACAUAUAGCUUCAUCUCUUCUAUCAACAACUAAUCACAAUUUUGGACAAAUGAGUAACAAACCUGACAAAACAACAUAUGAUUAUUCUCAAGAAACAGCAACAAAUUCAAUAAAUCCUAAUAAAAUGUUAUAUCGACAAAUUUCUAUUCCAAAUGAUAUAACAUUAAAAUUUCUCCAAGUAGCUGAACAAAAUACAGCCAAAAAUGUCUAUACAUAUGGUAUUCUUGCAGGAAAUAAAAAAGAGAAUAAUGAAUAUAUGAUAACACAUAUUGUUAUACCAAAACAAAAUGGUGGAAUAAAUUCAUGUUAUAUGGAAAAACAAGAAGAAGAAGAAAUGUUUGAAUAUAUUUCAAAUAAUAAUUUAAUAACUCUUGGCUGGAUUCAUACUCAUCCAAAUGAAAGAGUAUUUUUAUCAAGUAUUGAUCUUCAUAGACAUAUAUUAUAUCAAAUGUUAAUUCAAGAAGCAAUUGCUAUUGUUAUUAGUCCAAAAUUUAAUCAAACUGAAAUAUUUUCAAUGACAGAUGAUAGAGGAAUACCAGUUAUAUCAGCGUGUCAAAUGUCAGAUAUUCAUCAACAUGUUAAUCAUCCUCCAUUAUAUGUUAUUUCAUCACAUACAAAUUAUGAUUUGGGUUUAGAAUGUAAAAUAAUCGAUCUUCGUCAUUGA